CAUAAGAAGACGAACUCGGAAGUCAUUUACGGCAGGCGUUUCAACUGGCCAACUACGUUAUUCACACGCUGAAUUAUUUGACAGUGGACGAACGUGGAACAAUUUGUUAUAGGAAAAAAGCAUUUUCGUCUUUUCAUGACGCUUUAAGAAGAACUCAAAGGAUUUCUGGAAGAUCACUCGACAAUAUUACAUACGCAACCAAUGAGAAAUAGGAAUCUAUUUUCCCUCCCAAAAUAAUGAACCCAAUACUUAGACACAGAAUCCCUCCAGCUGUAAGGAGGUUACUGACUGACAUUGCACCCAGGGAGGAGUUCCACUGCACCGAGUGGACUGAAACAGAGUCUGAGACAGUCAUUAGAGAUGGGAUUGAGCUUCCUGCAAGAGGGACCACCAAUAAGACUGAAUUUCUGACACCAGCUGCCGAGAAAGAGGAUGGAGAUGCUGACACAGAUGCCACAGCACAGAGUAAAAUAUGUAUGCUGUGCUUAUCCAAACCCUCUUGCUAUACCUGUCCACGGUGCAAUGUACCGUACUGUGGGCUGGAAUGCUACCGCGGUACCAAUCAUUCUGUGUGCUCGGAGGAAUUCUAUAAGGAGUCUGUGUUACAGGAGCUGAAAGACAUGGGUGAAACAGAGAGUGAGGGAAGAAAGAAAAUGCAGGAUAUUCUGCUUAGGCUAAGACAUAUGGCAGAUAGGGAAGAGGGAGGGAUGGAGAGUGUUUUAAAGGACAUUGAGGAAGAUAGUGGAGGUGGAGAGGAAAUCAAAGCCAGAGCUCAGGUUUUAGAGCUUCUCUCCAGGCUGGCAGAGCUUCAGUCUUCUGGGGAAGGGAGUGUCGAGGAGAUUGAGGAGAUUUUAACCAGGCUCAAAGAGUUGGGCGAGGAUGAAAAUGCAAAUACUGGAGAAAUGGAUGAGGGGGUUGAAGACGCUGAGGAGCUGGACUUGGCUGAUCGACUCUCUGGGAUGGAUAUUGAUGCUUUCUCUGAGGAGGCACUGUGGAACCUUUUGAGCAGCCAGGAGAAGGAGAAGUUUAACAGCCUGGUGAAGAGUGGGACCGUGGGAGCUCUGGUCCCCCUGUGGACACCCUGGUGGGAGCAGCACGAGGAGGGGGAAAGAGCCCUGUUGGAGGUAGUGGAGAUGGCUGAGCCAAUGGGAAAUGAGGCAACAGGACAGGACAGGGGCAGGACCAGAGAAGCUGCAAAGACAGAUGAAAAGACAAAGAAGGGGAGUCUGCAAAAGAUAGAAGGGGCAUGUUCAUCUAGUGGUGAAAUUGUGGUCCUUGAGAGUAUCCAAGUAGAGGAUUUUGGGAAAGGGGUUGAGAGUGAAUCAGUGAGAGAGAGUAUUUGUGAAUUGCUGAAAGACCCAGGUCAUAAGAAGGGUAAGAACCAACCACGAAACGAGUCGACCAAGACCAAGGGACCCAAGUGGACCUCCAAUGUGCCUCCAGUCAAAUUUAGAAUCCCACCUCUGAGCUCCUUGUCUUCCAACCCUUCCCUUCUUGUUCGCUUUGGCUUGGUCAACGCUCUGUUUGGCUACACCUUUGCCCUUCGCCUUUUCAAUGGCGACAUUGAAUCAGAGCUAACUCAGGAGUUCUGCCAGGUGGUUCUGAGUGUGUCUGAGGCCCUGAGCUCAGGCAGGGUGUUCAGCUCCCUUCAGGAGGCCCUCCAGGGAGGGGAGGCUGCCAUUUUGGCCAGUGGUUAUUCUGACCGAGAGGAUCCUGGGGCCCCGGGCCGAGCAUUGGAAUCUGUGGCUCAUAUUCUAACUGGGAGAAGCAGGCAGGAUGUUGUCGGGUACUGCCUGGCAGCUUUGAGUCAACUCCGGACAACCCUGUCCCAGUCCAAGGCAGCCCUGCCCAAAGAGGGAGAUGUGAGAAAGAAGUAUUUCCUGGCAGGGAAGAAAUGUGAGUUCUUUCAGGCUUGGGUGUCUGACAAUACCCAGGAGGUGAGAAGACUAGCAGCUAGUUUAUGGAGAGAGUACAGGAGAAGGGAGGAUGAGAGGAAUGCUUUAGAGAAGGAGAAAAGAAGAGUUGAAGACAGCUGGAAGAAGGGAAGAGAAAAGGCAAAGGGUGUGUUGAUUGAAGAAAUCCAUUGAGAAUGUUUUGUAUUCUAUAUACCAUAUUUACUUCUCUUUUUCAGUUCAUGUUCAGGAUCAGACUAGUAUUAUUUGACAGACCAUUUUUUGACAGUGUAUUCUGAAUGCAGAAAUCAUGGCAAAAUCAUGUUCAUAGUUCAUUCAAAUUUUGCAAGUUUUGUAAUAAAGUUAAUGGAAACUUA